AUGAUUCAGCCAAAAGAUAAAUCCCCUGAGUCGGUAAUGGCGAGCUCGCUUGAGACAGAUGUUGAGCGCGGUUCUGCUGGCGGUUCUGAAGAAUUAAAUGAUGUCAAUGUUGUCGAUUUUGAGGGCCCAGAAGAUACUACGAACCCGCUUAACUGGUCCACGAGGAAAAGGGUUUUGAACAUAUCGGUCGUUUCGAUGAUGACCCUUCUAUCGCCAAUGACCUCUACCAUUAGCUCUCCUGUGACUUCCGACAUCAUGAAGCAAUUCAAUUCAACAGAUGAAACCCUUGGAGCUUUCGUGACUACAGUCUUCUUGAUUGGCUACACCUUCGGACCAUCCAUAAUUGCACCCCUAUCGGAGAUUUACGGCAGAGCUAUUCUUUACAAGACUUGCAUCGUGCUAUUCAUCGUGUUCAACGUGGCCUGUGCUGUAGCCAACAGUAUGGGAUCUCUUAUUGUAUUUAGACUACUCGCUGGCAUAAUGGGGUCUUGCCCCGUCACUCUGGGUCCAGGCUCUGUAGCCGAUAUGGUCUCCGCUGAAGGAAGAGCAAAGGCUAUGUCGGCCUAUGUCAUUGGGAUUAUUCUUGGUCCAUCUAUUGGCCCAAUCUGUGCUGGAUAUUUGGCUCCUGCUAAAGGAUGGCGUUGGGCCUUUUGGCUUAUGACUAUAGUCAUUGGUGCGGUCGCUGUUCCGGUCAUGUUUCUACCAGAGUCAUACUCAUAUGUUAUCUUGAAGAGAAAGACUGAGAAGCUGCGGAAGAAAACUGGGAAUCACAAUCUCAAGUCGGCAUUGGACACUGGGAAGACUUCACGUCAGCUUUUUGCCUUUUCUAUCGGUCGACCGCUGAAGAUGCUGGUAUCGCCAAUUAUUUUCUUGUUGUCGCUUUACUGUGCGCUUGUCUACGCCUAUCUUUAUUUAUGCUUUACAACUUUUCCGGUUCUGCUAGCUGAGAAGUAUGGGUUUGGAACUGGUCCUUCGGGUCUAGCGACACUAGGACUCGGGGUCGGUUCCAUAUUUGGUCUGUUCAUCUCCGGUGGUACCUCAGAUGUAGUUUCUAAGCAUUUGACCAAGAAGCAUGGUGGAGAGCCCAAACCCGAGUAUCGACUUCCUGUUCUAGUCAUCGGUUCCUUCAUCACACCCAUUGGCCUGUUCUUGUAUGGAUGGACAGCAUAUUAUGGCACUCACUGGAUUGUUCCCAUCAUUGGGACGGCAUUUAUUGGCGCCGGGAUGGUCAUUGCAUUUAUGGCAACUACUAUGUAUCUAGUUGAUGCCUAUACUGUUUACUCCGCGUCGGCAACGGCUGCAAAUACAAUUUUGCGCUGUCUCAUUGGGGCAUUAAUUCCUUUAGCCGGACCUGCCAUGUUUGCGAAGCUCGAUUAUGGUUGGGGAAAUUCACUCUUGGGAUUCCUCGCCAUCGCCUUCAUACCGAUGCCUUUCGUCUUUUAUUACUAUGGCGAACGUAUUCGACAGUCUAAGAUCUUCAAGGUUGAGUUUUAA